CAACUGUGAAAAUUUGGUGGAAUUGUUGAUUGAGCUUUCUUAUUUUGUUCAGUUGAUUGUGGUCUUGAUUGAGCUAUCUUUAAAAAAGAAAAAUAAAAUCGGUUUUUUUGUUAACCGAAAACCGAAGUCUGUUAACUGAUUCGGUUAUCGGACAACCCAGAUUAUUAUCGGCAACGGUUUCUAACUUCCGAAGUUGGUGAAUUUUAUAAAACCGUUGAAGUCUUUAUAUUCCAGAUAUUGAAGCUUUCUUGCUUCACAGAAGGAGGUUCUGAUGUAUCUAACCUGCUUCAUUGAAUGCUAAUUUGGGGGGAGGAAGUUCUUUAUUUCAGCUUCUAGGGUUCUUUGUGAUAAUGGCAGAGGUGCUGAGCACUUCACCAGCAUGUUCUGUUUCGAUUUAUUCAAGAAUUCAUGAUAUUAGAAUCCCUUUCCGGUGCAUCAAUUGCUCUGCGUGUUUUGAUUGGGGAUGGAAGAUGAAUAUCAAUUCUGUAUCUGCCAAAAAUCAUGGUUUUGGCGUGGCUGAAAACUCAUAUUUAAGAACUACUCCUAAACAACGGGGAAGUUUUCUGUUAUGCAAAUCGAAAGAGAGUGAAAUUUUAUGUGGUAUACGUAGCAAUGUUGCAAGUCUCGAGUUUGAGCCAGUUUGUGAAGGACAGAAAGAAGGUCUUGAUGAGAAUGGCUCCCAAAACAUAUUGCCACCUUGGGGAGGUUUAGCUGAUCAAGAAUUGGAUGAUCGAAGCUGUUUGGAUGUUCGUUCAACGAUGCCUUUGGAGGCUGUUCAUGAGAGUAUGGAUGAGAUACACUACUUGGAGGAGAGAGAUGAAGAAGUAUUGUCACAAAGGAUUCUGAAGCUCAGUCGGGCGAAUAAAGUGAGAAGUGCAUUAGCAUUGUAUAGAUCAAUGGCCGUUUCUGGCCUGCUGCCUCGUUCACAUGCUUGCAAUUCCCUUCUCACUUGUCUGUUAAGGGAUAGAAGGCUAGAUGAUGCCUUGAGAGUGUUUGAGUUCAUGAGGUCGAAUGAGAUUGUCACUGGCCACACUUAUAGCUUGAUUUUGAAAGCCGUGGCCGAUGUUUGGGGCCGUGAUGUGGCCUUAACCAUGUUUGAGGAAGCUGAAAGGGAUGGAAAAACCAAGAGACAUAUGGAUGCGGUUGUUUACAACACAAUGAUAGCAAUAUCCGGGAAAGUAAAUGACUGGGUUCAGGCUGAGAGAAUGUGGAGAAGCUUGAGAGACAACGCCUGCGUAGGGACAGCAGUCACGUACUGUAUGCUAGUCUGCAUAUUCGUCCGCUGUGGUCAGAAUGAGCUAGCUCUUGAUGCCUAUCACGAGAUGGUUCAAAACGGGUUGAGCCCAAAUGAUGAUGCUAUGCAAGCUGUCAUAGGGGCGUGCGCGAGGGAGGGGAAAUGGGAUACAGCGCUGGAUAUCUUGCAGAGCAUGCUGAGCAACGAUAUGAACCCUAGUCUGGUAACUUGUAAUGCUCUGAUCAAUUCACUCGGGAAAGCAGCCAAGGUCGAUCUUGCAUUCAAGGUGUACGACCUCUUGAAGUCGCUGGGGUAUGCACCCGAUGCUUACACAUGGAAUGGGCUGCUUUGUGCGCUGAAUAGAGCGAACCGACACUCUGAUGCUCUUCAGCUCUUCGAGAGCAUUAGGAAAGAGCACGGCUCUGUCUUGAACCUGCAUAUAUACAACACUUGUUUGAUGUCGUGCCAGAGGCUUGGAUUAUGGGAUAAGGCAAUGCAGCUGCUAUGGGAGAUGGAAGGGGCCGGUUUCCCCAUUUCUGUCACAUCGUACAAUCUUGUUAUAGGAGCUUGUGAGGCUGCAAAGAAGCCAAAGGUCGCGUUGCAAGUGUACGAGCACAUGGUUGAGCAGAAACGGAGCCCAGAUGUAUUCACUCUGUUGUCAUUGAUAAGGAGCUGCAUCUGGGGUUCCCUUUGGAAGGAUGUCGAGGAAAUCCUAAAUGCGGAACCAAAUGGAUCCCUAUACAAUGCUGCUAUACAGGGAUCGUGCUUGAGGAAGGAGAGUGAUUUAGCGAAGAGAUUUUACGUUAAGAUGCGCGAGAUCGGCCUUAAACCCGAUGGCAAAACUCGGGCUAUGAUGCUGCAAAACUUGCCCAAAUGUUGAUUUGCAGAACUGUCACAGGUUUAUUAGUUUUUCAUUCAGUUAUUAGUGUUUACAUGAUGCAACUUUACAUGAAUCACCUCUCUCUCUCUCUCUCUCUCUCAUACACAUACAGUGAUAUAUUAUGUAUAGUAGCAGAGCUUUGCUAUUUCCUCAUCUUGACAUGAUCAGUUGUCUUGUUUGUGACUCAAUCCUGACACUACUUUCAUAAUUAGUAAAUGGAUAUAAAAAUCUUAUACUUGUAUUA